GGGCCUGGCGCGUUUGCGUGGCCUAAGGCCACACGGCUCCGCCUUCUUACCCCGGGCUCCGUAAAACGCCCCGGGACAGGGGGGGCGCCGCGUUUCGCGCUGCUCCCGGGCCGCGGACAGAGCCCUGCAGAGGCUGAGCUGCGCCCCCCCCAUCAUGGACUGACACCCCGCUUCUCCCUUCGCUUUGCCCUGGUCCUGCAGAACAGAGGCUUCUCUCGGAAAAGUCACACGUUCUUGCCUAAGAUUUUCUUCCGCAAGAUGUCAUCCUCGGCUGCCAAGGACAAGCCUGAGCUACAGUUCCCGUUCCUGACCGACGAGGAGACUGUGAACACGCUUCGCGAGUGCAAGACUCUCUUCAUUCUGCGCGGGCUGCCAGGCAGCGGCAAGUCCACGCUGGCCCAGGCCAUCGUGGACCGCUAUCGGGACGGCACCAAGAUGGUGUCUGCCGACACCUACAAGAUCAUGCCGGGCUCCCAGGCUGCCUUCCCUGAGGAGUACAAGCAGCUCGACGAGGACCUCAAUGUCUACUGCCGCCGCGACAUCAGCAUCCUAGUCCUGGAUGACACCCACCACGAGCGGGACCGCCUAGAGAAGAUCUUUGACCUUGCUGACCAGUACCAGUACCUGGUGGUGCUGGUGGAGCCUAAGACAUCGUGGCGACUGGACUGCGCUGUGCUUAAGGAGAAGAACCAGUGGCAGCUCUCUGCUGAGGAUCUGAAGAAGCUGAAACCUGGCGUGGAGAAGGACUUUCUGCCUCUCUACUUUGGCUGGUUCCUGAGCAAGAAGGGCUCGGAGAGCCUGCGUAAGGCUGGCCAGGCCUUCCUGGAUGAGCUGAGCAGCCACAAGGCCUUCAAGAAGGAGAUGAAGCACUUUGUGUCUGGGGAUGAACCUAAGGAGAAGAUAGCCUUGGCUUCCUACUUUGUGAAGAAGCCUCCCGGGGUGCUGCACUGUACCACCAAGUUCUGUGACUAUGGGAAGGCGGAUGGGGCAAACGAAUAUGCCCAGCAGGAUGUGGUGAAGAAAUCCUACUCUAAGGCCUUCACCCUGAACGUAUCUGCGCUGUUUGUGACUCCCAAGACAAUGGGCGCCCGGGUGGAGCUGGGUGAGCAGGAGCUGCCGCUGUGGCCGGCUGAGGUGGACAAGUUGACGCCUACUGAUAACCUGCCCCGAGGCAGCCGGGCCCACAUCACCCUGGGCUGUGCAGUCGGGAUCGAGCCUGUGCAGACAGGCAUCGACCUGCUGGAGAUGGUUCGGCAAGAGAAGGGGGGCAGUCAAGGAGAGGAGGUGGGCGAGCUGAGUCGGGGCACGCUUUACUCUUUGGGCAAUGGGCAGUGGAUGCUACGUUUAGCCAAAAAGUUAGAGUUUAGGGCCAUCUUCACAGGAUACUACGGGAAAGGCCACACUGUGCCCACGCAUAGCAGCCGAAAGGGGGGGGCCUUGAAGUCACUCUGCACCAUCAUCUAGACAAUGGGCUGCCCUUUCAAACUACUCACCCUGCCCCCUUAUGUGGGGGUGAGUAGGAGACACUGACUUCCACUUGACUUUUUUAUAUCAUUAACUCACCUGUAACUCUUAAAAACUUGUAAAAUAACUGUCCCCUUCCAACCUAACACCUUAUGUUCCAAGUCAGAAAGAACAUAUGCGAGACUGGACCAAAGUCCUAGGAAUCAGGACCUUGUACUCCCCUCCCCUACAUUAUUCACCCAGUCUCCAGCAGCAGCAUCCCUUGGUUUUUAGUCCCAGGUGCUGCACUACCCUCAGUGUGCUCUGCAGAGAAGGCAUACAGCACUUCCACAAGAGAUGUUUAGAUGGGUAGGGAGGCCCACCCCUCUCCUCCCUCCCACCUUUAUUAAUUGCUAGAGCUGGCUGGGAGGUUCUGGAAGUGUUUACUCUUCCCUUCCUAUCAGCCUAGUUCUUCAUUCUCCCAUUCCCCUCUACCAUUUUUCUGAGGGGGGUGGGGUGGGGAGGAGGAAAGUAGGAAUCUUCCUCUAUGAUGAAACUUGAUAGGGGGGGAAGUAGGGGAACCCUAGGAGGAUUAUAUUGACAACACUGUAUACUGACAAGUACACAACAGUAAAUAGCUGCCCCCCCCCCCCAUGAUACAAUUGCCCCUUAUAGGAGGGAGGAGCCCUAGGCAGUAUUCAUCUCAUUCUAGCAAUGAACUCCCUUAUAGAUGGGGAAAUUCGGGCCCAAAGGGGUUGGGAAGCCUGCCCAGUCCUGCUGUAUAUUCAUGGAGAAGGCUAAGGGUUGCCUUCUAAUCAGGCUCCCCUGCCAUUAGGCUGGUAAAGGCCACCUUUCAUCUGCCUUCCUUUCAGUAAGGGGAUUUUAACACUGCUUUGCAUAUUUCCAUUUCCUCUUUCAUAUAAUCUCGGUGUCAUUCUUUGACUCUGGUCUGGUUCCUGUGCGAUAGGGGACCUUACUUAUUUUCUUUCUCAACACAAAUGCUUGGGAUUUGAGUUAAACAUCCUGGUUUUGCCCCAUCCCCCAAAGUAUGACUGUUAAUGAAAUAAAUAUCAAUAAUCUCAA